UAGAAGGAGUCUGGAGCAGUGUUGCUGAAAAUUAAAAUGAAAACUAAUUGGUAAAGUAGCUGUAAACAUUGGAAAUGGAAGAAAGCGCGUACAUUUUGACGUUUCAAAUAAGGCUAAACUCCUGUAUGGAUUCUCUUCUCAAAACAUCCACGACUGAGAUAAGUACUCUGGUAAAGGACAAGUUUGCUCAAUAUCAAAGUGAUGUGGUCUCCAAGGAAACUGAGAACAGACGUCGAUCGGCGAGAGUUCAUAUUUCGGAAACACAAACGCAGCGGUCCGAAACACCUGGCGCAUAUGGAGAUUCCGAAAGCAACGAAAAUCAGUCCGAUUUGGGGAUGGAGGGCGCGUAUCUGUUGGAAUUUCAAACACAGCUGAACUCGUGCAUGGACGGUCUUCUAAAACAGGCCAUGAGUGAGAUAAUCACCUGGGUAAAGGAUAAUGUAGUCCAGUUUCAAAGCGAACUUGCUGCCAAAGAAGCGGAAAUCAGACGACUGGCUGAGCAGCUACAGCUUUUGGAAACACAAGCGCAAGUUGCGCACACAGCCAACUUCGACUCGCAUCCGGACCAGCCGGGUGAAUCCCCGGUCGUGUUUGAAGCGAUGGAACGAAUGGACAGCGAUGCAGUGGUGCUGGAUCAGAGUAAGGCAGCGGCGUUGAUUCGCCAUGUUCCGGAGGCUGCGUGCUUCGUUGAGGCAGAACCGUCUCUGGAUUACGAGCUCACCGUGGCAACCACUGCCAUGGAGGAACAUCCCCACAGCACACGCGUUUGCGGGCAGCAGGACGAGAGAGAGGAGGUGGUGCUGGAGGUCUCCAGCGCUUAUCCCGGAGCGUGGGGUGCCGAGGAGGUGGAACCGAACCCUCCUCCGUCCGGGACGGACCCUGUGGGCGCCGCUGAGCCUCUCCAGCCAGCUCUGGAGUUGGGGGCCGUCCAGCCGGACGCAGGGCUGCACAGCUGCAGCCAAUGCUGGAAGAGCUUCAGCAAGGAGUGGAUCCUGCGCAGGCACAUGAGGAAGCACAGCGACGGGGGCGGCCAGCAGGGGGCGGAGGCGAGCCACGACUGCCCGCACUGCAGCCGCAGCUUCAAGCACCGCAAGGGCCUGGUGUCGCACCUGCGGAGCCACAGCGGGGAAAGGCCGUACUCCUGCGACGUGUGCGGCCAGCGCUUCACCCGGCCGGAGUCCGUCAAGAAGCACCGGCGGCUCCACAGCGGCGUGAAGCCCUACGGCUGCCCCCAGUGCCCGCGCCGCUUCUUCAGGUCCGACGGCCUGAAGAGCCACAUGCGCACCCACGAGGGGAAGAAGCGGCCCGCCUCCGCGCCCCCGCCCAAACUCUGCAUGUGCUCGCACUGCGGCAAGGCCUACUCCAGCACCGCCCAGGUGGCCAGCCACGAGCGGACGCACACCGGGGAGAGGCCGUACGAGUGCCCGCAGUGCCACAAGCGCUUCCGCCAUGCAGGUGCCCUGAGCGUGCACCGCAUCACCCACCAGCGCGAGCGCCCCCACGCCUGCCCCGAGUGCCCCAAGAGCUUCCGCUGCGCCAAGCACCUGCGGCGGCACCGGCUCACCCACUCGGACGCCCGGCCCUUCCCCUGCGACCAGUGCACCCUGUCCUUCCGCACCGCCAACGAGCUGAAGGCCCACAAGAUCCGACACGGCCUGCAGCGCACCCACGGCUGCCCGGACUGCGGGAAGAGCUUCAAAACCGAGUACGAGGUGAAGCUGCACCGCAGGGCGCACAACGGCGAGAGGCCGUACUCCUGCGCCGACUGCGACCGCACCUUCCGGCGGCUGCACCACCUGACCUCACACCGGCUCACGCACACGGGCGAGAAGCCCUACGCCUGUGACGUGUGCCAGCGCAGGUUCAUCCGGGCCCGCGAGAUGCGCAAUCACAAGAGGAAGGUGCACCUGGCCCUAGAGCCACUUAGGUGCGGCCACUGCCAGAUGAGCUUCGACAGCCUGCCCCUGCUGGAGGCCCACAAGCGCUCCUAUCACGGGCUGGUGGAAGCCGAGGAGAAGCUGUUGGAGGGUCUCCACAAAUUUCCCAAAAUUCUGCCCCGGCAGGUGGCGACAGAGCAAGGGGGAUUGGGGAACCAAGGGGUACAGCGAGGGGGACUGCUGCAACAAGGGGUGCAACCGGGCGGGAAGGUCAUGGGGCCCAUCGUUUUUGUGCUGGCGGGGCAGGGGGUCUCUGUUCCCGUCUUGUCGUCCGCAGCCAUUAUGACUCCUGUGACGACCGUAGUCAAAGUGCCUAUAACACCUGUGACUCGCACCGCUGUGACCGCGCCACUGAGAGUUCCCAUGGCAACCGGUGCCACCGCGCCGGCUGCUGCGUUAGCGGUAGCGUCCACAGACAUGGCAGCCAAAGCCAACACGAGGUCCUCUGUGAAAUCACCUGCAUCGUCUCCACCCAAAGCGGCAACAACACCUGCAGCAAAAACCCCCGGAAAGGCCGGAGCCAGGGCAAAAUCCAAAACAAGAUCCCCAGCUAAACUGCCCCCAUCGUCUCUGCCCAGUGCACAGACAACAACUGGAAAAACCAACACAAGGUCCUCAGUGAAGUCACUGACAUCAUCUCCACCCAAUUCACAAGCGGCAGCUGAACCCGGACCUGCUGGAAGCCUUGCAGCCAAAGCCAUUACGAGGUCCUCAUCAAGAGGCUCGGCGAGCCCCGUGGCCAAAGCGGAAGCAGCCACGGCAGUAGCUCCUAGCGUAGCCAAAUCUCCAAAAUUGGCAAAGUCGGCAUCAUCUGGGUAG